AUGGCUCCAUCUCGAGGGCUGGCACGCCUACUGCCUCGGCCUGCAAUCUCGAACACGGGCACAUACUCGAGGACAAUGUCUUUUGCCCGCCGCGCCUACUCCUCGUUCGCCGAGCAGCUUGCGAAUCCCGCGAACCGCGUGCAGAGCUACAUUUCGCGCAGUAGAGACCCCUUCGUCAACCUUUCGAUUGAGGACUACAUCCUGCGCGCCUCGCCGCCCGACUCGACCGUGCUCUUCCUCUACACCAACCGGCCCUGCGUCGUCAUCGGCAGGAACCAGAAUCCGUGGUCGGAGGUCAAUCUGGGCAUAUUGCAAGCAGCAACAUCAAGGGGCACAACAGCCAAGGAGACGGAGCCGCCUGCCAUUGGCGAUGUACAUCUUGUGCGGCGGCGCUCUGGCGGCGGUGCUGUCUUCCACGACGAAGGCAAUCUCAAUUGGAGCAUUACGUGCCCGCGCACCGAGUUCACAAGAGACAAGCACGCCGAGAUGGUCGUCCGCGCACUCCGCAAGAUCGGCAUUGAGCGCGCGCGAGUCAAUGAGCGGCAUGACAUUGUGCUUGACCAGGGUCACGAGAGGCACCCAUCAGACCCUCAAGACACCCAUCGGACAUCGUACACGGUCGAUGAAGGAGGCCCGAGGCCGCUGAAAGUGUCUGGAUCGGCAUACAAGUUGACGCGGGGAAGAGCUUUGCACCAUGCGACUACGCUUCUUGCCUCUCCGAAUCUGCACGUCAUACCGCAGUACUUGCAUUCGCCAGCCCGGAAGUCCAUACAGGCAAAGGGAGUUGAGAGCGUCAGCUCGCCGGUCGCCAAUAUUGGCUUGGAUGUGGAAAUGUUCCAAAAGCGCCUCCAAGAGGAAUUCUCGGGCAUGUACGCUCAUCAGGGAACAACAACCACUGUUCAGACUGUUGGUGAGGAGCACCUGAAGAUCCCCGAGAUCAGGAAGGGCUACAAUGAGCUGAAGACCGAUGACUGGAUGUGGUCGCAAACACCGCAGUUCAACAUCGCCUUUGAAGGCCCAGCUCGCUCAGAGAUCGAUAUCAACGUACACCAUGGUAUAAUCAAGACUUUGGAAACGAAGGGAGGCAGUUUUCCUGAUGACAUGCUUCAUGAACUUCAGACGGCCUUGGUUGGCCAGAAGUUGCAGGACAUCGGGGAUUGGUCCCAAUGUUUGCAAAGUCGCAUCGAGCCGUGGCAUUCCGAUUAUGGUAUCAUUGCAGACCGCUUGGAAACACUCCUUCCGGUGCCACAGUUUGAGAGACCCUGA